GCACGAGAAAUCGUGGAGUUCUCCACAUUCCUGUCAGAUGUGCCCAAGAUGCUCGCUGAGUUCUGGGCGGACGGACCUGACACCACAGCUCCUCCCGGCCACUGGUUCAGAAUCACGCUCGACUCGGCUGUCAAUGAGAGGCUCAGCCUGGAGAACACCGUGAGGCUCAUGUUCCUGAUGGGCAACGCCCUCAACGACGCCGGCGUCGCGUCUUGGGACGCCAAGGCCUUCUUCAACUCCGCCCGCCCCAUCACCAUGAUCCAGUGCGGCUUGAGCGGCGAGACACUUGACGCCUGGCGGGGCCCCUACCUCGGCGUGGGCGACAUUGAAGCCUCGGUGUGGCAGCCCUACCAGGCCAGCACAUUCGUCACGCCCGCCUUCGCGGGUUACGUAAGCGGCCACUCCACCUUCAGCGCAGCUGCAUUCCGAGCCCUGGAGCUGUUCUACAAUACCGACGAGUACCUGGCGCCCAAGUGCCGCCUGAUUCCGCAGGGCACCAGCCUGUACGAGGGGAGGAUCGACGCCGGAAUGCCCGGGUUCAUUCCGGGGCUCACGGACAUCCCCAACCAAGGACCGCGGACGCAAGGUUUCUCCCCAGCCACGGAUGUCGUUCUCUGCUGGCAGACCUGGGAGGCCUCGGGCCUGGAGUCGGGCAUCUCUCGCUUCCCCGGCGGCAUCCACAUCACGGAGGACCACUUUGAUGGCGUCGACAUUGGUGUGGAAAUCGCGGAACUGGUGUUCGACCAAGCCCUGACAUUGUGGGGUCAGUAG